AACUCAAAGAAAUUGCGAGGAAAGGAUGAACAUGGAUGGACGGAAAGCUGUGGUUUCAGUUACACUAUGGUUAAUCUUUGUUCUGCUGUCUGCUACUUUCAGAAACCUAAAACUAGCUGCAGCAAAGGAUGACAAGCUUGCUGAAAAACGAAAGCUUGCCGACAGUAAUUCGGGUUUCUUGAGUAUUGAUUGUGGGGUGGAUCAAGAUUAUUUCGAUGAGAAAAUGGAAAUAUUUUACAAGUCUGACAAAGAUUUCACAAGCACCGGAGAAAACAAGUACGUGUCUCCCGGAUACGAUGAUGAUGAUGAUUCUUCUUAUACUGGACGUAUAUUGCAUAGUUUAAGGUUCUUUCCAAAAGGAAGAAAGAAUUGCUACAAAUUGAGACCUGAGAAUGGCAAGAAUCAAAAUUAUCUCAUCAGAGCAUUCUUCAAAUAUGGGAAUUACGAUGCCCAGUACCAAAUUCCAAAGUUUGAUGUGUAUCUCGAGGCUAAUUUUUGGAUGACUGUCUAUCUUCCAAAUGCAUCAUACCCGUUGAUGUAUGAGAUUAUUUAUUUUUCAUUAACCGAUAUUAUUAACAUAUGUCUCGUAAAUACUUUAUCUGGAACACCUUUUAUCUCAGCACUAGAACUCAGACUGCUGAAUAAUUCUGUUUAUAAAAUCGAGUCCAAAUCCCUAAAUACACUUAGAAGAGAUGACCUUGGCAACUCAACCAACAGGAUGGUCAGGUACAAGAAUGACGUGUAUGAUCGCAUAUGGUAUACAAGUGCUGCUACUGACUACAUUUCAUUGAACACCACCUCAAAUAUUGAGGUUCAGAGCAUCAACAACACCCUUAAAACGCCGGUUGACGUUUUAAGAACUGCGCUCCAAUUACGAAGUCCCCUCAGAUCAUUGGGUCGCUCCUUUCCCGGUUUGAAUAAUUACGGUAAUGAAAAUGAAUACUAUGCCUGCUUUCACUUCGCCGAAAUAUUACCGAUUUCACAAGGCAAAGGCAAACGCCCAAGGGAAUUCACCAUCAAUUUUAACGGUGCCAACUAUGGACGUACUACCCUCCAAUAUUUGAACCCACUUACCACUUGUUACGGACCUCGUAAAUCAAGAGUUAAUGGCCUUGUGGAUUUCUUUAUCAAUCAAACUGUACGGUCUGACCUUCCACCUAUCCUUAAUGCCUUUGAGCUCUUUUAUGUAAUGCCGCCACUUGUUUCGCCCACAGACCCAGCAGAUGUUGAUGCUAUGACGGUCAUCCAGCAAAUGUACAAUAUUAAUAAAGAUGAUAGCUGGCAAGGAGACCCCUGUCUGCCAAGAGAUUAUUCCUGGGCUGGCUUGAACUGCAGCUAUGACACUAAUUCCCCAAGAAUCAUCUCUCUGGACCUCAGUGGAAGUAAGUUGACUGGAAAAAUAUCUUCCUCAUUCUCCAAUCUCACAGCCAUACGAUUCUUAGAUUUAUCAGGUAAUGAACUGACUGGAACAGUACCAGAAUUUUUAGCACAACUGCCAAAUUUAACUGUUCUAAAUUUAAGUGGAAACAAGCUAACAGGUUCAGUUCCUCAGUCUCUUGUCCAAAAAGCUAACAAUAGACUGCUGCAGCUGAGCUUGGAAGGCAAUCCAAGUCUUUGCCAGACAGAUUCCUGCGAGAAAAAGAAGCACAAUAAUGUUCUCCUUCCAGUUGUUAUAUCCUUUGCAACAGUUAUGGUGCUUCUCUUCCUCAGCAGUAUAUUUUUCUUUUGGAGAAUGAAAAGACAAGAAGCAACAUCACAAUCUAAGAAGGAAGGACUAGUAAUUUCAACGAAUCGGUCCUUUAGUUAUUCGGAGAUCGUAAGUAUUACUAAUAACUUUGAAACCAUCAUCGGAGAAGGAGGGUUCGGAAAAGUUUACUUUGGGACUCUGAAAGAUAACGUUCAAGUUGCUGUCAAAUUGCUCUCUCAAAAUUCAAGGCAAGGCUACAAGGAAUUUCAAUCUGAGGCACAACUGUUGAUGAUUGUUCAUCACAGAAACUUGGUUUCUCUAAUUGGCUACUGUGAUGACCGUCAUAAUAAGGCUCUGAUUUAUGAAUACAUGGUUAAUGGAAAUUUGCGAGAGCAUUUAUCAGAGACAAGUGGAAGUACUUUGAAUUGGAAUGAAAGACUUCAUAUUGCAGCAGAUGCAGCACACGGACUGGAAUAUCUACAUAACGGUUGCAAGCCACCGAUAAUCCACAGGGAUUUGAAGACUUCCAACAUCUUAUUGAAUGAAAAAUUGCGAGCAAAGAUAUCAGAUUUCGGGCUAUCAAGAGCUUUCGCAAAUGAAAGUGGUUCACAUAUAACAACUCGUCCUGCAGGCACAAUCGGCUACCUGGAUCCUCAGGCUCAGUCAUCAGGAAACUUUAAUAAGAAAAGCGACAUAUACAGCUUUGGGAUAAUUCUACUUGAGCUGAUAACUGGUCAACCUGCCAUAAGAAGAGACGUCAAUGGAGAAAUUAUUCGAAUACAAGAGUGGGUUACACCAAUAAUUGAGAAUGGCGAUGUCAGAAGCAUAGUUGAUCCCAGGCUACAGGGAGACUUAGAUACCAAUUCUGCCUGGAAAGCUGUGGAAAUAGCUCUGUCCUGUGUACUGAAUACAGCAACUCGAAGGCCAGACAUGACUGAUGUAUUGAUUGAACUGAAGGAAUGUUUGGGUAUGGUAACAGCUGUUGUUGGAUCUCAGAGGAUAGAUAGAGGAAGGACAAGAUCCAUCAAUUCACUUGAAAUGAGGUCUUUGGAAACCUACACUGAAACGGCUCCCAGUCCAAGGUAGUCUCAUAUCACGUCCCAAUGUCAACGGGAGCUGAAAAUAUUUGGUGUGCAAGCCUCUAUUUUGUAUGUUCGUAUGUAAUAAUUAGAUAAACUAUAUUUUAGUCCUUAUAUUAUAAUUAAGGAAUCAAUUUAUAUAUUUUUUUCACA